UAUUCAAAAUACUUUGUUAACACGAAUUCUCUGAGAAAUGCAAUUGUGUCACACUUUGGCAAUUGUUAAAAUUCUCUACACUCCAGUAACACCUAACUCUUUAAACCCCAUGCAACAUGGUUAUCCUACCAUUAAAAACAAGAACCUCCCUAGGAAGAGUGCUACAUAUGUUGAAAUUAGUGAAGCUUAAAAAAUGCUUUAGCUGGCGGUUGGUGAUUAACAAAACAAGCUACUUUUAUCACAACAGCAAAAACAAAGUGGUCAAGCAGCUGGUUGGCAAGUGAACAAAGCAAGGAAGAGAUUGGACUGAAAAUCUGGAUUUCUUGGUGGUUUUUUGUUUUCUCUUUCAUUUUGGUUUGACUACUAAUAUACAAAUAUUUUUAAUUUGGGAUUUUCUUAUUUUUUUUAGCAAGAUGCUUGAAUUUUUUAAAUUGGCAGGUAUAAUUGCAUUACUAGUACAGUGAGAAAUUAUCCAACGAGGGAGGGAAGGAGAACUAUUAAGACACAAAACUUGGCUCUUUGCUUCCUUUCCAUCACUGCCAAGAAACAAACAUGAAUCAGUUACAUCACUGUCAAGUAGAAGGAAACAUACAGUAAUUUAGGGACAAGGGCACAGUCGAGGACAAUAUCACAAUCAGGGUUUCCUUUCCUUUUCAAAAUUCAAGUUUUGCUUGGCUGUGUACACACUAGUCCAGUGGGCAAUGGCUUUUCCUCCUCUCUUCGUAACAGUAAAUAAUGCCAGUAGGGAGUUCGCUGUAUGGACCAGAUGAGGACUGAUCUGACUUUCCUUUAAAAUCUGGAAUUCCUUUGUUAGCUUCGGUCUUCGUCUCUGCUUGCCUUUGGAGGGAUGAGGGCACGGAGGUAAUUGUGGGUGGGUGGAGACAGGAUACAAGGCCCUACCGUCAUCUCGAUCACAGCUGUCAAAUGAGAUGUGCAUCCUUGGUUCUGAGUCACUCAGGCUUGUCCUUUUCUUUUCCUGACGCACCACUUUCCCCUUGGAUUGCGUAAAAUUCUAAACCCUUCUAAUUACUACUGUUGGUGGUCCUUUGGGCAACCUGGUCUGCUCGUUCGGAACAUGAUACAGCGACAGGAGUCCUGGUCCCCGGUCCCGUGAAGAUCUCAGCACACCUGGACAAGCUAAACCACCUUCCCCACCCAGUUCCGACUCCGCCCAAACAAGAAAGGAGCGGUCCGCCGCGCCCACUCAGCUGGGCGCCCACUGGUGCGCGCAUGCGCAGAGCCAGCACAAACCGGCGCCCACGCAGGCAUCUUGGGUGUCUGCAGAAAGGUCUGUCUCGGAAAGGCCUAGCUUCCUCGUCGCCUUGUACAUGUACAGAACGCUAGAGUGGACAGGAUGAAAAACACGGAAAAGAACCCUUCUGUCAACAUCGCAUUUCCGUCUCAAACCACCCACUUCCGCUUCCUCAGCCGGUUCCGGUCCCGCCCUCUACUUCCGGUUGCCUUCGGUUCCGCUGCGGACGGUCCCUACGUCUGCUGCCGCUGGUUCCGCUCCAGGUAUUUCUCCUGAAGGAAAGGUGCUAACUCAUAUGCUUCCAGAAUGGCUCUUCCUAUCAUUGUGAAAUGGGGUGGACAGGAAUAUUCCGUGACUACGCUUUCAGAAGAUGAUACUGUGCUGGACCUCAAGCAGUUUCUCAAGACCCUUACAGGGGUGCUGCCAGAACGCCAGAAGUUGCUGGGACUCAAAGUUAAAGGCAAACCUGCAGAAAAUGAUGUUAAGCUUGGAGCUCUCAAACUGAAACCAAAUACUAAAAUCAUGAUGAUGGGAACUCGUGAGGAGAGCUUGGAAGAUGUCUUGGGUCCACCCCCUGACAAUGAUGAUGUUGUUAACGAUUUUGAUAUUGAAGAUGAAGUUGUUGAAGUAGAAAAUAGGGAAGAAAACCUCCUAAAAAUUUCUCGCAGAGUGAAAGAGUACAAAGUGGAAAUUUUGAAUCCUCCUAGGGAAGGGAAAAAGCUUUUGGUACUAGAUGUUGAUUACACAUUAUUUGACCAUAGGUCUUGUGCUGAGACUGGGGUGGAAUUAAUGAGGCCAUAUCUUCAUGAAUUCCUCACAUCUGCAUAUGAAGAUUAUGACAUUGUUAUUUGGUCUGCAACAAAUAUGAAGUGGAUUGAAGCUAAAAUGAAAGAGCUAGGAGUGAGCACAAAUGCAAAUUAUAAGAUUACCUUCAUGUUGGACAGUGCUGCUAUGAUAACAGUGCAUACUCCCAGGAGAGGAUUAAUAGAUGUAAAGCCUCUUGGUGUUAUAUGGGGAAAGUUUUCGGAAUUUUACAGCAAGAAAAAUACCAUUAUGUUUGAUGACAUAGGAAGAAAUUUUCUGAUGAACCCACAGAAUGGACUAAAGAUAAGGCCCUUUAUGAAAGCACACCUAAAUCGAGAUAAAGACAAAGAACUUUUAAAAUUAACUCAGUACCUCAAGGAAAUAGCAAAAUUAGAUGACUUUUUGGAGUUAAAUCACAAAUAUUGGGAAAGGUAUCUCUCAAAGAAGCAAGGACAAUAGUUAGAAGUUAUGCUGAUAGUUAUUGAAGAUACUUGAGAUCCAUGAACUUUCUGCUUUUACGCUAGAAAUCAUUAUAAUAGUGCUGGACACUGAAGCAAAGAACAGACUGCUUAUACUUGGUCUUCCAGUUUUUUGUAAAUUUAAUUUUAUAUUUUUUGAAGAUCAUAGCAAUAUGCUCAAAAAAAAUUCCUUUUACCCCAUGUGAAUAUACCGUUACUGUUAAAAAAAGAUUUUCUCCAGCAUUGAUUACUCACUGUUUUUUUUUGUUUGUUUGUUUUGUUUUUCCAGAAAGAAGAGUGGAGAAAAAUGUAUGCUCAAUGUCAUUUUGUGACACAAAAACCAUUUUGUGUUUUUGUCUCAUUCUCUAAGACCAAAUCCAUCUAAUGCUUUUCCCUUUAAAACCAAAAGAAAAAAAUUUUUGGAUAAAGAACAUAGUUUGUUAUGCUUAAAAUUACCAAGAAUUUUUUAUUCCUUUGUCAUGGCCUCAACUUCUGUACCACACUGGUUGCAUCUCUAAAUCCUGAGCUGCGUCACUUAGGUCUGUGUGUGCAUCUGUGUACUUAAAGUAAAACUGGAAAGCAUUAGUUGCAGUACAGCUGUGUUCUAGUAUGAGAAAUAGAAAACCUAAGGCUAAGGAAUAAAACUAAAGCACCGGAAUAUGUGUGUCUUUGAUAGCUAAGUACAAGCACUUCUGCCUAAACCAUUGCCAUAAAAGCAUUUAAAGGCAGUAAAUUUUAAAAUGGGACAAACCACCAGUUCUAGCAAGCAUGAACAAAAAGGUUUUGUUCUGUCGAGUUAUAUCUUGUCUGAGUGCCAAUACAGUUUCAGUGAAAAUAUCUAGCCAUACUAUUAAAAAAUAUAUAUUAUUUGCAAUGCUUAAGCCUGCAGAUAUGUAAUGUGACCACUGUUUUGUGUUAACAGUAUUGCUUUAUACAAUUCCUGUAUUUGAAAGGAAUUGAUUCUUUUAAAUAAACAUGGUGUAUAUUGUUCUUUUGGGACUAUUUCAGUGGUGUAAAUAAUAAAUAUUGUUUCUUAAAA